GCUUUGACUUGGGAAAUGUGCCCCUUGUUUUCUCUUUCUAAAAUCUUUUUUCCGGUGAGCCUUCUCUCCCCUCAUGGGAGGGAAGAUACAUUUCGUUUCAGGGGACAAAUCCUUUGAGAUCUACGAAGAUUGUGGGGACCAAGACAGAUGGUUUGUUUGGGUGGAGCGAGGCAGAAGGUUUACCAGCCAGAUCAAACUAGACGAGGAGAAUCUUAUAUGGGUUUGCUUAUAGUUAUACCAAGCUUCAUACGGACAAGGGAAUCUCUAUAGAAGAUGGGGAAGGAAAAUACAAGCAUACAUUUAUAGGGUAUAUCAGAAUUACAACAUUUAUGGAAGAUUCGUAAAAGUCGAAACAAUAGCAGGGGAGAGGAGAAAAGCGAUUAUUAUUCCAGAAAUUGUGUACAAUGGGGAUGGGGAGACAUAGCAGGGAAGAUCCUUCAAUAUUUGGGUGAAGCAACAAAUCACAAAUACAAAGUAAUCAUUGAUAUUAAAAAGAGAUCCUUCCUAAAAGCAGCAGAAAUCUCUCAAUGGCCAACUCAGAGAAGGGCAGGCGACCUUGAAGACCAGGAUGAAAGCUCCAAUUUCCUCUCCAAAUGCUUGAUCGGAAGUUUCAAUAACCCAUUCCACUACAGCCCAAAAGCAGAAUUCAUCCAGCCUUGGUUUCUUAAGAGAUGGCAGGUCACAGCAGGUCUGAGAGUCACACCGGUAUCACACAACAAAUUUUUGUUUGAACUGCCUUCAAGACAAGAAGCAGCCAGGAUCAAAGCUGGAGAUUGGUUCUGGAACGGUCGUCAUCUAAAUCUUGAGUGGUGGUCAAUAGAAUCUGAGUAUUAUCCAGCAAAAUCAGAGAUUGGGCAUAAAUGGGUCAAGGAUUUUGGGGUACCGCUAAAUGGUUGGAACAUGAAAUCUUUCCGAUGUAUCGGAGAGAAGUGCGGAGGGUUCAUAGGUGCAGAUGCAGACACGAAGGCAAGAUUCCAUCUUUUCUGGGCGUGCAUCUGUGUUAAAAUCACUAUGGAAGAAAUCCCAAAAGAACUAGACUUAUAUGUUGGUGGUUUGAGAUAUCUGGUGGUGAUUGUGGAAGACCAGAUUACUCGAAUCAUCCCUGACAGACGGAGAGAGGUGGAUAAGAUGGAGGCUGCUACUCCAAACCCUAGAAAGAAGCUCAGUUAUCCGAGCAACUUUAAUUCAAAAUCCCUGGGUUUGACAGAGAAAAAUAAAGGUCACGUGCCACAGUAUAAGGGGAAGGAAAAAGUAUGGGCAAAUGGGGCCAGCAACAUUCUGGGCCAAAAUUACACUCAUUAUUUCCAAGGCCCAAAGAAUAAGAAGCAAAAGAAGAGAAAUAAUUAUAAAAAGAUCUGGAAGGCUGUUGGGCCUGGUUUUGAUCCUUAUCAGAAUAGAAGCAGCCCAUAUUCUCACAUUAAUUAUUUCGACCCUCUUUCUGUCGAAAUAGAAGCUGCAGAAACUAGAACAAGGGAGCAGUCGCCUAUGGUUUUUGCAUGCGAUUCAGAAUCAGAAGCAGAUGAUGAAGCAGAGACACCAAGACCUUUAAUUCCAAGAGCCCUUGCUUUGAAUGAGUUCAAAUCAGUAAGUUGCUCGGAACUUGAUCUCUCCUCUUGCGAUGCUCUCUUUCUUCCAUGGCACGAUGAGAACCAUAUUGGAUCGACGCACAUAAGCACUCCGAAUGUAAUCAAUACGUCGAGGUGGGCCAAGACUGUCAUGUUUAAAGCGUGAAAGGCUUUUGGGAUUCAUGCGGCAGGGUUUGAGCACGAAAUUCUUAGAAUGGUCUUAAAGAUGGAACAAAAAAGACAAGAACAGAUUGAAAAGCAAUAACAAUCACCACCCUCGGCACUGAGAAAGGGGAAGAAGAAGCAAACAUUGGAAUUGGGAAGGCUUAAAUGGGAGAUGAACUCUGAUGGGAAGAUAACAGGUGAUAGGGGCAGGUACUACAAAGCUUCCUCUACAUGAAAAUAAAAAUUCUGAGUUGGAAUGUGCGGGGUCUCAAUGAGGCAGAGAAAAGAACAACAAUCAAGUCACUUAUCAGCAAAUGGAGGGCAGACAUAGUUUGUUUGUAGGAAACUAAAGUUGAGGAAUGGUCAUCAAGCUGGAUUAAUCAAUUACGAGUUAACAGAUGGAUAGAAUGGGCUGAUUUAAAAUCAAAUGAAAGAAGUGGGGGCAUCUUAAUCCUUUGGGAUAAGAGACAGUGGACAGUCAGAGAUAUUCAUAGGGGCAGCUACACCAUUUCUUGUCUGAUGGAGAGUACACAAGAGGAUUUCAGAUGGGGCUUUACAGGUGUUUAUGGGCCUCACAACAAUCCAGAAAGAGAACUACUAUGGCAUGAAUUGGCAGCAGUAAGGGGCUUAUGGAAUGAACAAUGGGUAGUUGGAGGAGAUUUUAAUGUGUGCAGAUAUGAAAGUGAAAAAUACAACUGCCAUGGAAGAUCCAGUGCAAUGAUCAACUUUAACGAAUUCAUUCUUGAUCUACCUUUACAAGGAGCAAAUUUCACAUGGUUCGGGGGGGGAGAAUUCUUUGCAAGCAUCUAGAAUAGAUAGGUUUCUAAUCUCUCCGGAGUGGAAUGAUACUUUCAACGCUAUAAAACAGCUAGCUAUGCCAAGAGUUCUCUCAGAUCACAGACCUCUGCUUCUGGAAAGUGGUGAUUGGGAUACUAAUUGCUCUUACUUCAAGUUUGAAAAUAUGUGGCUAUAAACAGAAGGUUUCUCUGAAAUGAUGAAG